AGCCAGUCCGCGCGUGGUGAGCGGAGCCGUGCGCAAACGCGUCAUUCCGCGAAGAGAAAUCGCGAGGCAUAGCCGGAGUCAGAGGCAACGGUCACGACGAGGCGGCCGACCUCGGCCGCCACAACAUGGGCCUCCAGUAGUGCCCCAACACUCCAACGAGGGGGCUUCGGCAACAACAUACAUAUAAUAGUCGUCCUUAGAAAGAACUAAGAUGACUGUGGUGAACGAAUGGAUGGCGGGGACGAAAUUCGGGGGGUGGGUGCAAAGAUGCCGGGAGUCGCGCCGCCUCGUAUUGGUCAUUGUCGCCAUCGCACUCCUCUUGGACAACAUGCUGCUCACCACCGUCGUACCCAUCAUUCCAGAGUUCUUGUACGACAUCAACCACCCCGAAGCUCCUUUGGGUCCGGUAAGGGCAACCCCGUCGACUACCACAACAACCUUUCCUCCAUGUCCUUGUUUGUACAAUCAAACGACUACGAGCUAUCCAAUGACGACGACGUCAGCAAACAUGGAAAACUAUAAUUAUUCCACAUUAACUCCAGAGGAGGAAGAAAGGAGGUUGAGGCACAAAGACUUGGUGCAAGAGACCGUGCAAGUGGGAAUAAUGUUUGCCUCGAAGGCAUUUGUGCAGUUACUGGCCAAUCCUUUCGUUGGACCCUUAACUCACAAAAUUGGCUACAGUAUUCCCAUGUUUGCAGGAUUCGUAAUAAUGUUUUUGUCUACAAUAAUAUUCGCAUUUGGUAGAAGCUAUAGUGUUCUAUUUAUCGCAAGAGCCCUACAGGGUGUCGGUUCUUCUUGUUCGAGCGUAUCUGGUAUGGGCAUGUUGGCAGAACGAUAUCCGGAUGACAAGGAGCGAGGCAACGCCAUGGGCAUUGCAUUGGGCGGACUAGCGCUUGGAGUGCUCAUUGGACCGCCCUUCGGAGGGGUCAUGUAUGAAUUUGUAGGGAAGUCAGCACCGUUCUUGAUACUUUCUGCUCUCGCUUUAGGAGACGGACUGCUUCAACUACUCAUGUUGCAGCCAUCUGUUAUAAGACAAGAAUCUGAUCCACCAUCUCUAAAAUCUUUGGUGUCAGAUCCUUAUAUCAUUAUAGCGGCAGGCGCUAUUACCUUUGCCAACAUGGGUAUAGCAAUGUUAGAACCUUCUCUGCCCAUCUGGAUGAUGGACACCAUGGGAGCAGGAAGAUGGAAGCAAGGAGUAACUUUCCUUCCAGCAAGCAUAUCAUACUUAAUAGGAACCAACUUGUUCGGUCCUUUGGGACAUAAGAUGGGCAGGUGGUUGGCUGCACUGUUGGGGUUGAUUGUGAUAGGUAUAUGUUUGAUGCUGAUACCAUUGGCUACAAAUAUUAACCAUCUGAUCGUCCCCAACGCGGGUCUGGGUUUCGCCAUUGGCAUGGUCGACAGCUCCAUGAUGCCUGAAUUAGGCUACUUAGUAGAUAUCAGACAUUCUGCUGUAUACGGUAGCGUCUACGCCAUUGGAGACGUGGCGUUUUGUCUUGGCUUCGCCGUUGGUCCUGCCAUGAGCGGUACCUUGGUGAAAAACAUCGGCUUCGAAUGGAUGUUGUUUGGUAUCGCCAUUUUGAAUUUCUUGUAUGCGCCACUCCUGUAUUGCCUGAAGAGUCCUCCGACAAAGGAAGAGAAACGGUCGCUGUUGAUGGAAGAAAAAUCGUCAGUGAGAUACGUCACAUACCAGAAUGAAGAAGAAGACGAAUAGUAACGUUAAAUAUAUCCCACAGUAGAAUAAAUCAAAUUGUAAAGAGAUUAUAACUGUUUGAAGAUUAAAACAUUCCUAGAUAUUAUUGUACAAAAAAAAUAUUGAAAAUAGAAAUAGAUUUAUUGAUGUUCUUACUAGUAACAAACUUAUUAACAAUCUUAUUAAUUUUUAUUAAUUUGUUAAUGAUUUUCUAUAAUUGCUUAUUUCUUUAUAAUAAUCCGAUAGGAGUAACGCACAAUUUUUCCAAAUUUUACCAGUGAAGCGGUGGGGAUCACGAAAAGCAUAUGACUCGGUCAAGUAUCUGGAUCUUCCCACUGCGUCGACUGUUUCACAAGGGUCCCUGUCGCGGGUUGUGUGAAUGGCUGCACGCAACUCUUUCCCCCCAAAUCGGGAGACGGGGCAAUCAGACGCCCUUGGACGUUUCGGCAAAAUUCAAGCACACAUUUUCAACUCAUAGUUCUCCUAUCAUUAGCCCGAAUAAUGAUUGCCAAAAGUAUAUUUAGUAUGUAUUUAUUGGUGUUUAUACUUGAAUCUAACGAAGGUGAUUUUCAGAAUUUUUAAUUGAGGAUAAAGAAGCCUUUGGAAGGAAUUUUGUGAAUGAGAUUAGAAGUUUUAAGGAACAGUACAAGUUUUGGAAGAUGUUGGUGAAAUUAUCUUGAAUAAUGAACUUAGCCACAAAAGUUUUGCACCAAUAAAUGAUGCUAGUUUUUUUAGUUGAUUUUCUCGUGAGUGGAUUAACGGAUUCCGUUAAUUUUUUUAAAUAUUUUAGAUUGUUCUUUGUUAUUUACACUGUUAAUCAAAAGUUUACUCAAACUCCUAUUUUGAGCUUAUAUUAGGUGAAAGAAAAGAAAUAUUUUUCUUUCUGUUAAGGUUGAGACACCCUGUAAGGAGGAAAGGGUACAAUGGUGGAUAUACAUCGAAAUCAUGUUAUAGUCUCAGGUUUUGAAAAUAACUGAUUUUUUUAAAUGUUCCUGCUAUCUUUAAAAACAAAGAAACUAGACGAUUUGACUCUUUGGCAUGUGAUUUAACUGAAAAAAUACUAAAGUAAAAAUAAAAAAUAACAACAGUUAACAAAAGUUUAAAAACACAAUGAAAAAUAACGUAAAAUAAUAUCGCAUGUUUUCUCUCAAAUUAUUCGUAUAACAACUUCAAAUUGCAUAGGCAUGCUGGAGAUCAAGCAGGCUUUUUAAAUUUGGUCUAUAGAGUUUUAGAUAGCAGUAAUCACAGUUUCCAUAUCUUGCAGACACAACAUCAUACACAGAGACGAUAGGUGGAACAAGGAAAUACUACAUUGGAGACCAUACGAAUACAAAAGAAGUAGAGGAAGACCACAGAUCAGACGGGUUGAUGAUUUAAAGAGGCAAUCCGGUCCCAGAUAGAUGAACUUAGCUCUGGACAGUUACAAAUGAAGACACGAAGAAGAGGCCUACGUCCAAAAAUAGAUAAAAUGGGCUACAUAGAUAGAUAGAUAUCUUGCAGGGAAACAGGAAGGGGCUGACGAAGUCUUAAUCGUCUAUCAGCAAUUUGCCAUAAGUUAUCAAUAGGAUUAUUGUCGGGACACUGAGGGGGCCAAUUCAAUAUCUGAAUACUUACCCCAUAUAAAUAUUGCAUAAUGACAUGUAAUGAUCAUGAAUGAGGAGUCCUUGCCUUAUCAUGGAUUAAGAUGAAAUUCUUUUCUAUAUAAACUGCGAAAGUGCGAAAUAUCUAUAUAAACUGCGAAAGGAAUAAAGUGUUCAAAGAGAGAAUAUCUCUGCAAUGUACCUUUCGCUAUGUAAAUGGCCUCCACGUAGACACCAAAUCGUUCUGACUGUCAGGAAAGUUCCAUUUCAAAACAUCACAGAGCCUUCAUUAAACAAUUUCGUCUCUUUUAUGCUGUGCUGUGCAUUCCGCUCACCUGGUCGACAAAUAACUGUUAUAAGUGUCGAGCAGAACUAUUUGUUAUGUGUCUUUCUGUUUUUAAAGUUUUGUUGACUGUUAUUUUUAUUGCUAAUGUAGUAUUGUUUCAGUUAAAAUAUGUGUUAAAGAAUAAAACCAUCUAUUUGCUUUGUUUUUAAAGAUAUUAGGGAAUUUCAAAAAACAAAAUGUUUUCACAAGACAUAAAACUUACAACAUAAUUUUGAUGUAUAUUUACCCUUAUGCCUUUUCCCUCCUACAGGGUGUCUCAAACUUAACAUAAGAAAAACAUUUCGUUUCUUCCAUCUUUUCCAUAAGCCCAAAAAAAAAGUUUGAUUUAACAUUUGCCUAACGGUGUAAAUAUCAAAGAAAAAUCUAAAAUAAUAAAAAAAUUAGCGGAAUCCGUUAAUUGAUUCACGAGAAAAUCAACUAUGAAAAUGAGCAUAAUUAUUGGUACGUCAAAACGCCUGCGGUUAAGUUUAUUAUCGUCUUGUAUAUUUAAAGUACAAUGUUAAAAUUACAUACCAAAGAAAGAAGAAGAAGACACAUUUGAAGUAUAUAUUUUGUCAAAAUCUAUCAAAGCUUUCCGUUUGUAUUAUACAUUUUAGAUAGCUUGCCUUCUGCCUUCUUCAUCUGCAACAAAAUUUUGUUUAGUGGGUUCUGGACAUCACCUAAAAGUAGAUUCCUUUAGAAAAAUAAUAUGUAAACACAAUAUCUGUAGAGAAUCCAAAAAUCAUUCUAAGAGAAUUGCUGAGGCCAAUCAAAAACAGUAUUGGGCUAAGAACGGUAUGCAGUAAGGGGACCUAAGAAAUGUAUGUCGCUUAUCCUAUAACCACUCAGCUAUAUGUUUGUGUUAAAUGUACUUUUAAAGACGAAAAAUCUGAUGAUGAAAAAUCUCAGACGAUUAUUGCUAUGGGACAAUAAUCUCUGCCCAACCUACAAAACAAAAAAGAUUUUUGUUCUAAAGCUGGUGAGGGUCCGAAAAAAGACGCAGAGGCGUCUUUUGUCAUUAUUUCUCCUAAACUGUAGGACCACUAGGGUGCCUCGUUUAGACGAACUAGCUUGCUGUUGCAUGUUAGAAAGUUUAUUAUAGAAACCUGUUAAUCAUGUUAUAAAUGUUUGAUGUUUAUAACCGAUAUGUGGUACUAUAUCAAUAAAAUAACUUCUAAAAACACAAUAA